AUGUACUGUGCUGACCGAUUUACUCGCUGUUGGCUUUGGUCAUUGAUAAUUUUCCACCUGAAAUAUUCAAGAGGGCAGCUGGAUGGUGGAUUUGGUGUUUUCCCAUUUACCGAGCCGGGCCCAGUUGAAAAUGCCCACGAAACCCUAAAUCGACGUGAUGAGACAUUCAACACAGGUCAAGGUUACGGAGCUGACCUUCUUGGCCUUCAGACUGAUGCUCAAGCGGUCACUCAACGUGAUAGGCUAGUGAAUAUGCUCUUCAAAACCUACAGAACUAACGAAAGGCCUUCAGAAAAGCUAGAUAUUCCCACGGAAGUGUCUGUUAAUAUGAAAGUUUUGGCUAUUUUCUCUGUCGAUGUACGAACAAUGGAUUACUACAUUGAUGCCUUGCUUCGACAAACCUGGGUUGACCCAAGAUUGGCCUGGGAUCAUCAUGAAGACUUCAAAAACUACACACAACCUCUCGUUUCUCCGACGCUAAAAGACAAUAUUUGGACGCCCGAUUUAUUCUUUCGAAACGGGAAAGAUGGUUACCUUCAUAAAAUGACUCUUCCGAAUUUUCUGCUUCGUGUUCAUCCAAAUGGUGAGGUUCUCUACAGCCAAAAAAUCACAAUGAGAUUCUCGUGUCAAAUGGAUCUAUCAACUUUUCCUAUGGAUACACAGUAUUGUCAUAUGAAUAUCGGCAGCUAUGGCUAUACUCUGAGUGAACUCAAAUUUAUUUGGAGAGAGAAGGAGCCUGUUGAACUGCAGAGCAAUCUCCAACUUUCUGAAUUCAAUACCCCAACAAAUUUCACAACCUUUGAUUGUACUGCUCAAUCCUCUACAUCUACGGGAAAUUACACCUGUUUGAUGGCUGAAUUCACUUUGAAACGUCAGUUGGGAAGUUAUCUGGUUACCACUUACAUACCAAAUAUCCUCAUUAUCAUGGUUUCAUGGUUGAGUUUCUAUGUUUCCGUGGAUGCUGCUCCGGCAAGAGUCCCAUUAGGACUUCUCAGUCUUCUGGGUUUGUUAACUCAAGCAUCUUCCAUUACGGGAAAUCUUCCCCGAGUGUCUUAUAUCAAGGCUAUCGAUUUGUGGUUGAUUUUCUCUAUUAUAUUUGUUAUUGGCGUCUUAGUGGAAUACGCUAUUGCAAUAACGAUGCUUAGGCAGAAGAGAAAAGAAACAUGGAGGGGUGAUGUUGAAUCGAUUGUGAAGGAAGAGUUGACUCGUUGGCUAACAGCUUGUGAGCAAGGUCAAAUGGCAAGUAUUCAAGGCUCAGGGGGUAUGUGUGGUGAUCAGGCAUUUAUCCAACAACAAUUGUCGUAUUUCAACGAUCUCGAUGCCUUCUUAACUCAUUCAGUGGUUGAAGAGACUCGAACAAAGAAGGGACCAGGAGGCAAAAAGAAUAGAAUCCCUGUUGCAGUUGAAUCGGACAUCGAUGCAUAUAGUCGAUUUCUAUUCCCAACUUGCUACAUUAUGUAUAAUAUUUUCUAUUGGACUUAUUAUCUCGCAAUUGUAAAGAAGUGA